GCGUGGCUUCUGACGGAAAGGGGCGGGCGAGGAUUUAUUCCUGCGUGUUUGUUCCACUCGUGUGCUGAUAUUUUGGGGGGGGGCGCGAUUGCGGUUUGCGGCCUCGCAACGCCCUUCGCCUGGGAUGAGCGGCGUAUGGCGGUUUUGGCGCUUGCUAAAGCAGCGCUUUAUCGGGCCAGGGAGCGAGUACGUGGGCAUCGACCACUUUGGAAACACGUAUUAUCGGAUCCCGCAGCACAAAACUUGGGCAGGUCAGAACAUUAAAGAGAGAAGAAUUGUGAAAGCUGUGGAUCUAAAAGAAUACCAGUAUGAAUCUGGAGCCAUUCCAACCCAGUGGGAAGCAUGGAUGAAGAAAAGAAGAAACAAUCCACCCACACUUGAGGAAUGUAUCCAGAAUAACAACUACAGAAAAGAAAUGAAAGCUAAAGUUGAAGAUUUGGGUGAAAAAAGCAGACUCCUACAGGCCAAAGAUCGUGAAGAGGGUCUUGAGGUCGGACCACUUCAAACACAGAUUAAAGGACAUGCAUCUGCUUCCAACUACAGAAAGCCUGAACACUCAGAAGAUCCUGUUAGUACAGCAAAUACAUUUCAGCCUGGAGCCUGGAUGCCUCCUAACCGUGAAAAAUAAAAGUCCCCGUGAAAAGCAGCAGGAAAGAGACAUCAUUUGGUUAAUGAGCAGCAUGAAUGAACACACUUUUUAAAAUUCUAUAUUAUAUUUAAAAGCUUAGCAGCAUUUUCAAAAUGCUUAGAUUCUGUUGUUUCUUGUAGAAAUGUUUAAUUGCUUUUUAUAAAAUGUCCCAUCUCUAAUUCUUUUGCCUCUUAAAUCAUUUGAUGUUUUCAGUGAAGUUAUACUUCAAUAAAAUUUACUGCUGCUGUAA